AUCGCAAUCUCACAUACUGAAGGAAUUGCUAUCCUUCAGCCAAGUUACCAGGACAGGCGCAAGAGCAGUAGUUCUCGCGCAGUGUCCUUAAAAAACCCGCAAACAUGGCGCCCAAGAAGAAAGAACAGCAGAAGAUGUCCCUCGGGGCCUUCUUGACUGACGAGAAGAUGGGAUCAUGGGCCGAUGAGAUGGAGGAUAUGCCAGUUUACUCUCGCACAGGCUAUGGAGGCGGUGAACGACGUACCUACAGCUCUACUACAGGCACAUACGGCAGUGGUAGCAUGGGAGGAGGAGGCUACUCUGUUCGCGAAGAACUCCCCCUUCCUGACAAGCCCCCCUACACUGUACAUCUCGGAAAUCUGUCUUUCGACGCCACUGUUGGAGAUGUCAACGAUUUCUUCGCCGGAUGCGAAUGCACCAAUGUUCGAAUCAUUGAGGACAAGAUGGAGAUGAAGCCCAAAGGUUUUGGCUACGCUGAAUUUGCCACUCGAGAUGGCUUGAAGCAAGCUUUGACUCUUAAUGGCAGCCAGUUUCAAGGACGCAACAUCCGAAUCAGUGUUGCUGAUCCACCGAAGGAUCGAGGUGACCGCCCAGAAGCCAGAGAGCUGAACGAUUGGAGCAGAAAGGGACCGCUUCCCGACCUACCAUCCCGAGGAGGCCCCCGUCGCGAGUCAGACCGUGGAUUUGGAAAUGAUUUCGGAGGAGAAAGAAAGGAACGAUUCCCAGAGGGUGAUGGCAAGGUCCGCGAUUUUGGAAACUGGGAACGCAAGGGCCCAUUGUCUCCCAUUACUGCUCCAGAGCGUGGUGGUCCUCGUGAAGGUGGUCGACCUCGAACAAACGAUGGCCCAAGAGGAGAAGGUUUCCGUGAUCGUCGAUCUUCACCAGCUGCAUGGGGUGAGGGACGUCCACAAGGAUCUCAAGAUGGCUCAAGACCUCCCAGACGAGAGUUUCAAGAACGCCCAGUUGUCGAACGGACCCCAACUGCGGCUGAGCAAGACAAUCAGUGGCGCACAAAGAUGCGACCUGAUGCCCCGGCAGCCAAGUCGCCAAUCCCAUCCCGUGACGGUAGCGAAGCGCCUUCCUCACCGGCUCCCGCAAAUGCACUUCCUGCUGGCCGUCCCAAGUUGAAUCUCGCCAAGAGAACUGUGUCCGAAGCUCCUCUCGCGUCCCCAUCCUCUACCUCUGGUGAUGCGAAAGCCAGCCCAUUUGGAGCCGCACGUCCUAUCGAUACCGCUGCAAAGGAGAGAGAGAUCGAAGAGAAGAGACUCGCCGCCGUCCAGGAAAAGAAAGAGGCCGAGGAGAAGGCUAAGGAAGAGAAGCGACUUGCUGCACAAGCUGCCAAGGAAGCUGCAGAAAAGCAGGCCGAGGAGAGCAAGCAGGUUGAGAUUCUUCAACGAACCGAGGGCGAGGCAGCCAACGAGACGGUGGAGACCGAGAACGCCAACGGCAAUAUUGUUGAUGAUAAGGCCGUCAAGCCAAAGGAGAUUGUUCGUGAUGCAAAGCCCAAGCCAUCAGAGACUGGUGCUUGGAGACGUCCAUCUGGAGGUCCACCACCACCUAGAGAUGACAUCCCACGUGGUCCAAGAGGAAGAGGCCGAGGCCGCGGUGAAGGUCGUGGUGGUCCAAGACAUUUCGAUGACCGCCCACGGCAGAAUAUGAACGGUGGAGCUUCUCCAGCGUCACCUGCUCAGACCCAAGCUGCUGAACCAGAAGCUGCGGUACUCGAAGAAGAUGGUUGGAGCACCGUCUCUAAACCCAAGAAGAACAACCGUGGUGGAAACCAAGGUGCCCGAGCCAUUGCAUCUUGAACAUAGCCUGGGCGUAAUAUGACGGAAUGAGCGUUUGGUGUUUCAAAAGCAUGACCUUGCGUGGCCUUCAUCGUUGAGCCUCGAUAAAGGAGCUACAGCUCAUUUAAUCUCCCAUCUUCUCUCCUCUACGACGACUUUCCUUUGGCGUUGGAUCUUGUCAAAAUCAUGUGUCUAGAUCUCAUGCUCUGCUGCCAGGUCACC